AUGAAGAUGCUAACUAAAUUCGAAUCAAAGUCCACCAGGGCCAAGGGUAUUGCCUUCCACCCUUCCAGACCUUGGGUAUUGGUGGCUUUGUUCUCCUCCACCAUCCAGUUAUGGGAUUACAGAAUGGGCACGCUGCUUCAUAGGUUCGAGGAUCACGAAGGUCCCGUUCGUGGGCUAGAUUUCCACCCAACCCAACCAAUUUUCGUUUCUGCAGGUGACGACUAUACCAUUAAAGUCUGGUCUUUGGACACAAACAAGUGCCUUUACACUUUGUCGGGUCAUUUGGACUAUGUUCGUACCGUGUUUUUCCACCGUGAAUUGCCUUGGAUCAUAUCUGCCUCUGAUGACCAGACCAUAAGGAUCUGGAACUGGCAAAACCGUAAGGAAAUCGCUUGUUUGACUGGUCACAAUCAUUUUGUCAUGUGUGCUCAAUUUCAUCCCACUGAUGAUCUGAUCGUUUCCGCUUCUUUGGAUGAAACCAUCAGAAUUUGGGAUAUCUCAGGCUUAAGAAAGAGACAUUCUGCUCCUAGCAACAAUUCUUUCGAAGAACAACUGAAUGCCCAACAAAACCUUUUGGACGGUUCUCUUGGCGACUGUGUGGUGAAAUUCAUCUUGGAAGGUCACACAAGAGGUGUUAACUGGGCCUCUUUCCAUCCAACUUUACCAUUGAUUGUCUCCGCCAGUGACGAUCGUCAAGUAAAAUUAUGGAGAAUGAGUGCUACAAAGGCUUGGGAAGUCGACACUUGCAGAGGUCACACUAACAAUGUCGACAGUGUCAUUUUUCACCCACACCAAAAUCUGAUCAUUUCAGUCGGUGAAGACAAAACUUUAAGAGUCUGGGAUCUUGAUAAGAGAACUCCAGUAAAGCAAUUUAAGAGAGAAAACGAUAGGUUUUGGUUAAUCGCAGCCCACCCUCAUAUCAACCUAUUUGGUGCAGCCCACGAUUCUGGUAUUAUGGUUUUCAAACUAGAUCGUGAAAGGCCAUGUAGCGUUAUCCAUCAAAAUCAAUUGUUUUUUGUCAAUGCGGAAAAGCAAAUUCAAAGUUUCAAUUUCCAAAAAAGAGUCGCUUCAUUACCUUAUGCCUCGUUAAAAGGCAUUGGUCAACCUUGGGAUGCAUUUAGAAGUAUAUCAUACAACCCAUCCCAACACUCCAUUCUGAUUAAUGAAGCUAACGGCAAGUUCGCUCUCGUAAUCCUGUCUAAACAACCCGUAGGUGCCGUGGAACCAACAAGCGUUACCCAAGAUUCAGGUAAUUUUGCCACUUUUGUUGGUCGUAAUAGAUUUGUUGUUUACAACAAAAACUCUGAAUCUGUUGAAGUUCGUUCUUUAGAAAACAAAGUGACCAGAAACAUUAAAAUGGAGGAAUCGGUAAGAACUAUUGUAGCUGCUGGUCCUGGAUCUGUUUUGGUCAUACAUCCAAGAGAAGCCGUCCUCUAUGAUGUCCAACAGGGCAAAAAGGUAGCCCAAUUAGCUGUUAAAAAUGUCAAGUACGUAUCAUGGUCCUUAGAUGGCCAAUAUGUUGCAUUGAUGAGCAAACAUACCAUAACUUUGGCUACCAAGAAAUUAGAAUUGAUUAACUCUAUGCAUGAAACCAUCAGAAUCAAAAGUGCUGCUUGGGAUGAAAGCGGUGUCUUGAUUUACUCAACUUUGAAUCACAUUAGAUACUCGCUACUGAACGGCGAUAGAGGUAUUAUUAAGACUUUGGAAAAGACUUUGUAUAUCACAAAAGUCCAAGGGAAAUUAGUUUAUUGUUUAAACCGUGAUGGUGAAAUUGAAAUCCUAACCAUUGACCCCACAGAAUACCGUUUUAAGAAGGCGUUGGUCAACAAGAACUUCCCAGAAGUCUUACGUCUCAUAAAGAACUCUAAUCUAGUCGGUCAAAACAUUAUCUCCUAUUUACAGAAGUCAGGUUUCCCAGAGAUUGCUUUGCAGUUUGUCCAAGAUCCACAUAUUCGUUUUGAUUUGGCUCUGGAAUAUGGUAAUCUAGAUGUUGCCCUAGAUGAAGCCAAAAAACUAAAUGACGAUGGUGUUUGGGAAAGAUUGAACCAAGAGGCUUUGGCACAAGGUAACACUACCUUAGCUGAAAUGAUUUACCAAACUCAACAUUCUUUCGAUAAAUUAUCUUUUCUAUAUCUUGUCACUGGUGAUGUCAACAAACUGUCAAAAAUGCAAAAUAUUGCUCAAAACCGUGAAGAUUUUGGAAGUAUGCUAUUAAACACUAUCUACAAUAACUCCACCAAAGAAAGAUCUAAUAUUUUUGCUGAUGCUGGGUCUUUGCCAUUAGCUUAUGCCGUAGCAAAGGCUAAUGGAGAUGACGCAGCAGCUUCGGCAUAUUUGGAACAAGCCGAAAUCGACGCACAAGAUGUUACUUUACCAGACCAAGUUAAUCCCUCCAAUUUCGUUCAAAGCCCGGCAAUCUCCGAGCCACUUGCAAAAUGGCCAUUAAAGGAAGCUGAACUAUCUUACUUCGAAAAAGCUGUCUUAGGUCAAAUCGAUGAUUUGAACAUAGAUGAUGACGUUCCGGCAGAAAAUAUCGCCGAAGAAGAAGAAGAACCACUUGCUGAAGAAAGUUUCAAUGACAUGGAUAUCGGCGAGGACGAGGGAGCCUGGGACCUAGGUGACGAAGAUUUGGACGUAGGAGAAGAUCUAACUGAAAAAGUAGAAGAAGGUGAAAUCGCCUCUCCAGCAAAAGAGGCUGAAACGGCCGUUUGGAUUAAGAACUCCAAGUUACCUUCCGUCCUAGUUGCUGCUGGUGCUUUUGAUGCAGCUGCUCAAGCUUUAAACAAGCAAGUAGGUGUUGUGAAACUCGAACCGUUAAAAAAAUACUUCACCAACAUAUAUGAAGGUUGUAGAACAUACAUGCCCAGCACACCAUACGAACUACCUGCUCAAUUAGGUUAUAUCAGAGCAUACGAUGAUACAGUGUCUGAAGACCAAAUUCUUCCAUAUGUUCCAGGUCUUGAUAUUGUUAACGAGAAAAUGAAUGAAGGCUAUAAGAACUUCAAACUGAAUAAAUUGGAAGUUGCGAUUGAAUGUUUUAGAGAAGCAAUUUACCGUAUCACGCUAUUAAUGGUCGAUGACUCAGAAGAUGAAAAACUGGCUCGCAAGGUGCUAGAAACUGCCAGGGAAUAUAUAUUAGGUUUAUCCAUCGAGUUGGAGCGUCGUUCAUUAAAAGAAGAAAGUACUGUGCGCAUGCUUGAACUGGCUGCAUAUUUCACAAAGGCUAAGUUGUCCCCAAUCCAUCGUACCAACGCACUGCAAGUGGCGAUGUCACAACAUUUCAAGCACAAAAAUUUCUUACAAGCCUCGUAUUUUGCGGGUGAAUUUCUAAAGAUUAUUUCAUCUGGUCCUCGUGCUGAACAAGCACGUAAAAUCAAAACCAAAGCCGACUCUAUGGCUAGUGAUGCCAUUCCAAUUGACUUUGAUCCUUACGCCAAAUUCGAUAUCUGUGCAGCUACUUACAAACCAAUUUAUGAAGACACACCUUCCGUUUCAGAUCCGUUAACUGGUAGUAAAUAUAUUGUCACUGAGAAAGAUAAAAUAGAUAGAAUUGCUAUGAUUUCUAAGAUCGGUGCACCAGCAUCGGGACUAAGAAUACGUGUAUAA